CCUCUCCAUCUCCUCGUCUCCUCCUCCCUCUUCCUCCCCCUCUUCCUCCUCCUCCUCCUCCUCUCUCCUUCUUCCUCCUCCUCCUCCUCUCUCCUCCUCCUCUCUGUACCAGUGGUUCAGUGUGCGUGUGCUCGGUGGUCAUGUCGUACCCUCGGGCUUUUCUCCUCCAGCCCUCCGUGUCUGUGUCUCUUCCUCCGGCUCCGUCCUUCAGCUCCGGCCUCCUCUUGGCACCGAGGACCGAGGAGCUGACUCGCUCCUCUUCGGGCUCCGCCUUCGCUCCGUACCCGGGAUCAGCGACUUCUCCCGGCUUCAACCUGCACCUCCGGUACGGAGGAGGAAGAGGAGCAGGAGCAGGAGGAAGAGGAGCCGGAGGAGGAGGAGGAGAGCCGCGGGCCGCCGAGACCCUCAGCGCGUUCAUGAGUCCAGGGUUCGACCCGUCCUCAGGGAUCUCCCCCUCCUUAGACUACCACCCAUUCGGGGCCCUGGGGCCCUUCCCGUACUGUGACCCCGCCUACAGGAAGAACGCCACGCGGGACGCCACGGCCACGCUGAAGGCCUGGCUGAACGAGCACAGGAAGAACCCGUACCCCACCAAGGGCGAGAAGAUCAUGCUUGCCAUCAUCACCAAGAUGACCCUGACUCAGGUGUCCACCUGGUUCGCCAAUGCCCGGCGGCGGCUGAAGAAGGAGAACAAGAUGACAUGGACGUCCCGGAACCGGAGCGAGGACGAGGAGGAGGAGGACAACAUCGAGCUGGAGCGGAACGAUGAAGACGAGGAAACGCAGAAGACGAAGAGCGAGGCAGCUGGGGGCCGUCCCUCCUCGGUUCUGGACUCCACUGAUCUGAUGUUCAGAGACGGAAGAAGCAGUGACGUUGAUCUGGACUUUAAAGAGUCGGGGGACAGGAGGCCCCACAUCCCCGGUCCCACCCACACAGGGACCCCUCCUCAGAACUCGCCACUCGGGACGCAGAGCGUGUCGGAGCUGGAGCGCACGUCGAGCUCGCCGACGCAGAAGCACAGAGACUCCUUCGCCACCAUCCAGGGGCCAAACCCGGCCCCUAAACCCAAACUGUGGUCGCUGGCUGAGAUCGCCACGUCGUCGGACAAAACAAAAGGAUCUAAUGAAUCGUCUCAGAGCGGGGGGGGCGGCCACACGCGACAGCCCCUGUACCCCCACAGCCCCUCCCUGCCCCAACACCUCUACUACACCUCCCCCUUCAUCCCAGCAUACUCUCACUAUGGCCCCCUGGGGCCCCUGCACAGCAGCCUUGGCUCACGCUCGGCCUCUGCGACGCAUCUAAACGGAUUAGAGCUGCAGCGAGCCGAGGGCGCCGCCACAGACGGUAAACUCAGUCAGCUGCAGCUGCACGAACUCAGGAGGGCCCCAACGAACAUGUAGGGGCCACGUUUCUGUACAGACCCUGAACUGUUGCAUUGUGGGAUUGUUCACUGGAGGAGUUUUUCUAUGUUGGUAAGACGUUGGUGUUUGUAACACGAAGUUUCAUUAAAGUCUGAUUCAUACUCGACUGAUCAGCUGAUUCAACACAAACUCCUGAGUUGGUUUUAAAUUUCAAGGAUUGAAACAUUUUCUGAUUUAUGGAUCAAUGAUGUUUCAUCUGUUAAAUUAUUUGAUCAGUUUAUUAAUCAACAGAAUAAAAACGGAGUUUUCACCUGUUGUCUCAUCAGCUUCAGUUUUUAUAAAUGAUAUAAUGAUUAAUAAACUCAUUAUGGGAACCUUCCAAAUUAACUGUAGGACCUGUGAUUGAAUAUAAUCAUAAAAUAAGUGUAAAACCUCCAACAACUAUUUGAUCAAUAUAUUUAUUGAACCUUUGUUAUGAGGAUCUAAUCAAAUCUUCAUGUCUGUGGUUGAUUAGAUUCUAUUAUAAUAAAUUAAGUUAUAUUAUGUUAUAUUAUAUCAUGGGAUGCGAUCAUGAGACGUUAAAAGGUUCAACACCUCAUUGAGCAGAAGCCUGACUUAGUUAAGAUUCAACAGUGAACCAGGAUCAAAACCAGGAUCAAAACCAGGGAUCAAACGGAUCAAAGCCAGGAUCAAAACCAGGAUCAAAACCAGGUGAAUGUUUUCCAGUGGAUUCUCGGAGUUGAGCUCAAACUUUCUUCGUCGAUGUUUAAAACAACAGGAACCAGACGCCUCGCCGUGUCUUCACUCACUGAAUAAUGCUAACAGCAGGCCAUCACGCCCCCUGUGGUCAGAAUGAAUAUGGCAGGUUGUGUGAGACUGACAGUUUGGAUCAAACACAGCAGCAGGCCCCCCCCUACCGCUACCCCACCUGCAGCGGUGUGUUUACAGUGAGUUAAACCCCCUCCUGCAGCAGCUGGGCUCACAGACAGCGCCCCCUGCAGGUCGCUGUGACGUGUUGUCCCUGGGACCAUCGAGUCAAGGUGUGAUGUGAAGUAUCUGAGUGGAUCCUGCAGAAGGUGUGAACAAAGCCUCAGUGGAGCCUCCUCCUGACACAUGAUGUCAUCGGCCUGGAGCCACACCUCCAGUGACCCUGAAUGUCUUUUACUUCCUGUUAGCGUAGCCACCGCUAACCUGCACAGUUUUCCAGCCCUGCACCAAUCAGACGAUGACGAGUGAAUUCAGACUCACUGUGAAACACUUUAAGUCCCAAAGUGUGAUUUGUGAAUAUGGAAAAUAAAAUUACUGAUUGAUUGAUUGAUUGAUUGAUUGACUGGCUUUGUGUCACUUCCUGUGAGUCAGUGUCGGCCAUGAUAAGAACUGUCCCCAUCACACAGGAAACAGAAUAAAGAUGGACAACAUGACAGCUACUCUACAGAGAAGCCAAAUCAUCUCCA